UGCUGGUUGCUUCAUAAAUCAUAUGAAGAUGUUGAUGUACUUUCCAUAUUCGGUGGUUUAUUGCGGUGUUAAAGCGAAGGCAGAUAACAAUACUAUCUACCGUACUAAAUACGAUGACAUGAGCGCAGUGGCAGUGUGGGCAAUGUUAUCAAUAUUUAUACCUCACGUCGGACGCGAGACAGUCGUGUGUACGGGACUACUUAUACACUCGUAAAAUUCAAGUGCUCAAAAUAUAUCGGCAGUUUUAUCAUUAAAUAAUAAGUGACCAUGACCAAACUAAAACGGCUGUGAAUGUUAAACAACUUUUCGGUGCUAUGAUUUUGAUAAAUUGAUUGUGACGUGUAGACAACGAAAUCAAAAGCUAUUUAUAUAUUUUUUAUAAUUUUUGUGAAGGGUUCAUAUAUUUUUUAUUGUGAGCAUGACGAUGCCACAGUCCUCCCCGCAAAUCAUUAAUAUUGUAGACAACAAGAUUAGUGAAGAGCAAGGUGUCGUAGCGCAAUGGUGUUCCUCAAAUUGGAGGCCGAUUUUAGCUGAACUCAUAUCGACGACUUUAUUGCUUCUGGUGGGAUGUAUGACCACGAUACCAAUAGAUACUCUCCCGUAUCAGAACGCCAUGUAUGCCCCUUUUGGGUUCGGUCUUGUGGUCAUGUUCAAUAUCCAAAUAUUCGGUCACAUAUCAGGAGCAUUUAUGAAUCCAGCUGUAACGUUGGCCGCCUUACUAUAUGGCAGUAUUUCUAUAUCGAAAGCGAUAGCGUAUGUGAUUGCUGAAAGCAUUGGCGCUAUUCUAGGAUUCGGUAUCUUGACGACAUUGUCUCCGGUUUUAGUAAAAGAAAACGGAGUUUGUAUGACGGAAGUGCAUCCACAGCUGAAUACACUUCAAGCUGUAGGUAUUGAGAUAGUUUUGACUACCGCGCUUAAUUUUUUGAACUGUGCUGUUUGGGACCCGGUGAAUAGGGAUAAGCCCGAUUCUGUUCCUAUUAAGUUUGGUUUGGCCAUCGCCGGACUAUCGUUAGCGGGAGGACCUUUAACCGGAGCUUCUAUGAACCCUGUACGCUCUUUGGCCCCGGCAUUGUGGACUGGAAGAUGGGAGGACCACUGGGUUUACUGGGUGGGACCACUAAUCGGUGGGAUACUACCGACUUUAAUCUAUAAAUUUAUGUUUUUGAGAAAAAAACUAGAAUAAUAAACAAUGUACAUUUAAUGUAAAAUGUUUAAAAGAUUAUGUGAACUCAUUUUAACAUUAAACUAACUAAACUGAGGAUUAUAGUUUAUUUCUCGUAGACUUUCA